UCUUUCCCAAGAUGCCGAGCAGAACCGAAGAAGCUAACCUGGCCAGCCCUCUCGAUGGUCAGUAUGGUAGUGAGCAACCUCUAAUGGAGGCUCAGGCUAGCAAUGCCAAUCGUCCUGUCCAAGGAGAGGACAGCCUCUCCGUGGCCAUUGUAGGAGGCGGCAUCGUGGGCAUAAUCCUUGCCCUAGGCCUCAUUGACCGUGGAGUGCGCGUGGCUGUCUACGAGCGAGCUUCCGACUUCAAUGAGAUCGGUGCUGGCAUCGCCUUCACGGGUGUUACUCGCGAGUGUAUGACGAAGUUAAGCUCGUCCGUCAUUGCGUCCCUGAAACGAGUCGCCAAUGAGAACCAGCUCGCGUACGACAAUUACUGGGAUGGGUAUCACAACGAUGUCACCAAUAGUGACGACGAGACUCCAGAGCGCACGUUACUAUUCCAGCUUCCCAAUGCCAAAAUGGCAUGGUGGAGCUGUCUGCGCUCCCACUUCCUCGACAAUCUGGCCCGAGCCUUGCCUUCAGAUAUCGUCCGCUUCGGCAAAGAGCUAAUGAGCUACGAGGAUUCCGAUUCAGACACGCCUGCUCCUGUGACACUGCGCUUCGCAGACGGCACAACAGAAACCUGCGAUGUCCUCGUCGGAUGUGACGGAAUCCGCUCUCGAGUCCGCCAGCAACUUUUCGCAAACACGCAUCCGCAAGCCUGUCAGCCACGGUACACACACAAAACAUGCUACAGGGCCGUAAUCCCCAUGGCGGCCGCCGAAUCCGCGCUCGGAGAGUCUAAGGCGCAUAACCACUGCAUGCACACCGGCCCCGGGGCCCACGUCCUCAGCUACCCCAUCGCACGGCACACGCUCCUGAACGUGGUAAUCUUCCUAUCCGACUCAGACUCAGACUCAGACUUCAAAUCCGCCGACCAAGACAACCCCCACAUCCGCGCCCGCAGCCGCGACGACAUCCUCGCCCGUCUGGCAUCCUGGCGUCCCGAAGUCCGGACCUUGAUUACGCAGAUCCCGGAGACGCCGCUCGUAUGGCGCAUCGACGACACGGCGGAGCACCCAGCGCCUUGGUACGCGCUCGGCCGCGUCUGUCUCGCCGGCGACGCCGCGCACGCGAGUUCUCCGCACCACGGCGCGGGCGCCGGGUUCGGGGUGGAGGACGCGCUAGCGUUGGCAACUGCUCUCGGGCUCGUCAUGGAAGAAACGCCAAUACCAACACGUGCUGGAAAAAGACAAGAAGCUAUAGCAGCGGCCUUGGCAGCGUACAACGACGUACGGUACGCGCGCACGCAGUGGCUCGUGCGCAGCUCGCGCGAGACGGGGGAUAUCUACGAGUGGAUGUACGCCGGCAGCGGGAGCGACCCCGCCAAGAUGCGGGCGGAGAUCGCGGCGCGGCAGAAGGUGAUAUGGGACUUUGAUGUUGCGGAGAUGGUGGAGCAGACGCGGUGGAGGUAUCGCGCGAGGAUAGGGGGUGAGGGAGGCGGUCCGGCUUACUGAGAAGAAAACCAUACAUUGUAUUUUCUACGUGUAAAUCUACCAGAUUCCUCUUAUUGUAAACAUGCCUCGUUAUGAUGGUAUAUAUGUC